GCUCUACUGUUUGCACAUCCACAUGGCAUGGCGCUGCAGGUGCAUUUGUCAGAUGUUUUGAAUAGGGAAACUACAGACAACUUAAUGACAUCUUUUUUGUUUUCAACAAGACUGAGUGUUCAUAUUAGCGGUAUACAUUUUUUGAAAACGUUUGAACCGUAUAUUAUGGCGUAUUUGACAAUCGACAAGUUUUUUUAUAAGGAAAUUCGGAAGGACUUCCAACCGAUGGCUCAAAUAUGGAAAUAAUAGUGACAAUUUUUUUUACAAAACAAUCCUCUUUCUGUAUUUACUUCCGAUACUGAUGCUGGAGAUAACUAUGCAUGUGCCUAGCAGUGUCAAGUAGCCCACUACACGGAAGCAAGUGAACCCUAAAGAAGUUGGAAUUUCCUCGAUCCUUAUGAAUUGUUGAAGAUCUGCUAGAUUGUGCAAGUGUACUGAAUGCAGUGGAAAGUGGGUACCAAGGAGUACGUUCUAUAGACAUGCCCAGAAUGACAGUACGAGAAAAGAAGAACUGGUUACUCCAAAGUUCAUGUUCAAUGAAGAUGCGUACAAGGACCCUCAUCUCCUUAGACCUUUGUAUGAAGGAUCCAAAGUAACUGUGUUGGAAGCUGUGACACAACAUUUAUAUGUGUUUUCAAGUAACCAUGGAGUGUCCAAAAAAGCAAUUUCAGAUGUUCUGCAUAAUGAAAAGCAAACCCUGCCAAAGCCCAACCACUUGCCUGCAUCGUUUGAGGAAGCCAAGAAUGUUAUCAAACAUCUUCUUAUCCCUCUUGUGAAGUACGAAGUUUGCAUAAAUGACUGCUUGCUGUUUCGAGGUGCACAUGCUGAUAUUGAUACCUGUCCAGAAUGUGGUGAGCCUAGAAGAGUCAAUGGGCGCGUUAGGAAGACUUUUACAUACAUGCCUCUUGGGCCAAGACUUGCAAGGUGGUUUGGAACCUCAAAUUUAUGCCAGUUAUUAUAUGCCGACAAGAUUAAAACAAGUGGAAUGUUGACGGAUUUUACUGAUGGACAGCUCUACAAUUCCUGGUUUCAGGAAGGAGGUGUGUUUGAAGGCUGGCAGGAGCAGUUAUGUGUCCCUCUUUCCCUUUUCACUGAUGGCGUGAAUCCUAACAAACAUUCAUCCAACCAGAAAUCAAUGUGGCCACUGAUACUUACUUGGAUAAAUCUGCCUAGAAACAUCCGCCAAUUCCUUGGACCUAUGUUUUUGAUGGGAAUAAUUCCAAGUGGUAAUAAUGGGAGCGAGCCAAAGAAUUUGGAGCCAUACUUGGAAAUUUUGACAGAGGAGUUGCUUGACUUGACAGAAUUUCCUGUAAAGGCAUCGUACAUGACAGCACCUGUAAAAGUAAAAGUGGCAUUGUUACAGUUUCUGUGCGACAUCCCAGCAUAUUCUAAACUUUUACAUCUGAGUGGUGCAGCUGCUUUACGAUCAUGUCCAUAUUGCCGAGAAACUGGACACUAUUGUCAUUUCCUGAAGAAAACCAUUCAUUUGUCGAAUAGAAGUUUCCUUCCUCCUGAUGACUCGAUGAGAGGAUCUUCUGGAUUUGGACUUAAAGAGAGAGACAGUAAUGUUCCAGUCCCCUACUCUUUUCAAGAGGAAAAACAACGAAGAGAAGAAUACGACAAACUGCCAAACAAAAGCCAGAAGAUGAAACAUCAAAAAGAGACUGGGUUGAAAGGUACCUACACAUUCAUGAAACUUCCAUACCAUGACCGAGGAAAUCAAAUGCAACCUGAUGGCAUGCACACUAUUGCAGACUUUAUAAACCAUUUAAUGGACAUGCUUACUGGUAAACAUGACAGCCCAAACAUCAGAAAUUGUGAGAAAAAGUUUGACAGAUUUCCAGAAAUAUGGAUUAGGACAAACUCAAAUCCGAUGCCACCAACUAAUUCUACAUUGCCAUCAGCCAAAUCCAAGAGGAAAAGAAAGAGAAAAUGUAGUGACAAAAACGUUGAUCCAGAAUGUGUACUUCCACCUACACCAUGGUCCCUCUCCAAAGAACAACUGAAACUUGCCGAUGAGAGAGCCUCCAUGAUUAAGUACAGCCUUCUACAAGACAUAACUCCAGGGCCACACUUCACAAAGCCAUGGACGUUACGGACUAUGAAUUCUAAGCUUCAGUUUGUUACAAGUGGAGCUUUAGAGUGGUGCAUCAAGGGAUUCCUACCAGCAAGGCAAGAAGACACCCUGGAGAAAAUGCUACAUGUUAUUAAAAGAAUCGUGUCACCAACUUUGAAAGAGGAAGAUUUGCCAGAUCUGCAGAGAGAAGUCCAUUCAUCCUUAGCCUUAUUUGAAAGAGACUUCCCACUGUCUAUGCAGAAUUUAGUCACACACCUGAUCCACCAUAUUGUUGAUGGUUUCUCAAUGUACGGACCCCUCUAUGGGAGAUGGCUUUUUGCGUAUGAGAGGGCCAAUGGCUGGAUCACUCGACAGUGUUUGAAGAAGGGUGCGGAGGAAUCAACAGUAAUGGAGACAUAUGCAGUGUAUGACUGGUGCAUGUACAUGGUGCUGAGUCAGAAGUUUGUUCCCUCAUCACAUUCAGAAGGACAAAGUCAACUGAUGUCUGCUUGUGAUAACCUGGACAACUUGCUCCCUACCGUGUACAAUAGUUCCUCCGCAUCUGACAAACUCAUUUCCUUAACGUGUGAUAUGAAGAACCAUAUGAACUGUUACUACAGAAGCGGAAUGAAUAUGGACAUUUUUCACUUUGAAGAAUCUGUGAAAGAAACUGUGAGAUACAAAACCCGUGAGAGGAAGCUGUGUGCCAAAAGCCUAGCAUUGACGAAAAAUGGUAGCCUAGUGAAGGUCUUGAGUGCGUCUCACAUCAACUUGUUCGGAAACAUCAGUGUUUUUCUAGAACACAAUGUGAACUUUAACAUUCAGACAUGGGCUGUGAUAGACAUUUAUCCACAGGCUGAGAAAGAAAACGGAUUUUUCCAAACGACCAGAGAGACUGUUAGUCAGCGACUUGUGCAUGUAAAUUUGCUUAGUGACCCUGUAGUGUUUGUGGAAAAGGACAAUGUAAUUCAGAUCUUGGAUGUUGCUUAAUUUAAACAGAGUGUCAUAGGGGGUGACAGGAUAACUAUUGUUAAUUGAUUUGAAGUUGUAUCAUGUAUUGAAGAAAACUAAAAUUUGGAAUGAAGGAAAAUGUCUGAUUUGUACAUGGAAUAUAGUAUGAAAUUUUAUUCUGUUCACUAUAGACUGGUUUGUGAUUGCUCUGUAUAAAGGGAUUUAUAUUAAUAAGUCGAUCAAGACAUUUCUCUUCAGUGUUUGGAUUGACAAUAUACAUAUUGUACAAUUUGUGUCAUUAACUUUGUUAUAUUUAUACAGUGAUGUACUAAAAUAAAUUAUACCUACUUUUGAAAAAUUGUUUCUGUGAUGCAUUGGCAUGUUACAAUAUUAAAGUCAGCAAUUUA